UAAUGUACUGAUGUCUUCACUGACAUAAAAUAUCCCGAGGUUUAACUGUGAUUCAAAGCAGUUUUAAGCUUUUGAGCCGCCAGGCGCCCCCUGGAGCAGGACUGGUUUAUCUGUCACCUGAACAAUUUAACUAGUAGCGUCGAUGUGUUGACCCGCCUUAACUUAGUUAAUGUCACUCCAGCUGGACAGGAGACCGAGUCGGACACCGACAACUUUAACAACUAAAUGAUAAACCUGAUUAUUUGCAGCAGGAGUCCCAUCUGAGGAUCGUCUCAAUGUCCGUCUCACUGUCCCGUCUGCUCCGACGCAGUCUGUCCUCGGUGGGCCGGAGCAGCAGCUGUGGCGUCCGGUGGAGCAGCACUCGUCUGGACGUGGACGGAAGCGGACGUCCAGCCACGUGGGACUCCUUCGGGAUCUGGGAUAACCGGAUAGAGGAGCCCAUCCUACUGCCUCCCAGCAUCCGCUACGGGACCCCCAUCCCACAAAUCAGCCUGUCCAAGGUGGGCUGCGCCUCUCACAUCGGCCGCCGGCGCGACAACGAGGACCGCUUCCAAGCCAGCAAACUCACGCAUGACGUCCUCUUCUUCGCUCUGUUCGACGGACACGGAGGACCACAGGCCGCAGACUUCUGUCACAAACACAUGGAGCAGCACAUCCGGGAUUGCUUGGAGGUGGAAACAGAUUUACAAGCAGUUUUGUCUAAAGCAUUCCUGCAAGUGGACGCAGCUUUGGCUGCGGAGCUGCAGAUGUACGGCAACGCCUCCCUCAUGAUGGUGGGCACGACGGCGACGGUGGCGCUGUUACGAGACGGGAUCGAGCUGGUCGUCGGCAGCGUCGGAGACAGUCGAGCUCUGCUGUGCAGGAAGGGAAAAGUGCGCAAACUCACCGACGACCACACGCCAGAGAGGAAAGAUGAGAAACACAGAAUUCGUCAGAGUGGUGGGUUUGUGUCCUGGAAUAGCGUCGGUCAGGCAAACGUUAACGGCCGGUUGGCAAUGACCCGCAGUGUCGGAGACUUCGACCUGAAGAAGAGUGGCGUGAUCGCAGAACCAGAGACCACUCGAACUCUAUUGCAGCACGCUCACGACUCUUUCCUGGUUCUCACCACCGAUGGCAUCAACUUCAUCAUGACCAACCAGGAGAUCUGUGACGUCAUCAACCAGAGCCACGACCCCACCGAGGCGGCAAACGUCAUUGCUGAGCAGGUUUAGAAACUUAACUCAUAAUCUGACAACGUAAAAAUGGUAUACUGAAGUUAUCCUGCCCAUCAUUUGAAUGAGUUAUAACUUUGUUGUAGGGCUGUCGAAAUGGCUGAACAGCUACAUUUGAAUUUUGUGCUUAAAUAUUAUCAA